UCCCCGCAUCCCCUCCUCACUUCCGCUUAUAAGCCGUUGAUCUAUCCACUACCAAGCCAGUCGAGGAAGGCCAAAGUUUCAUCUUGAACCAGCAGGUUGCACUUACUCUGAGACUAUUUUUUCUUCAAAACGAGGACACAAGGAGCGGAAAAGAUGACCAAGACAGGAAAAGCAAAGGCCGUCGUGAACGGCACCACGCUCGCCGAGGCGACGGAGUGGGAAGAGGUCGAGGGCAACGUCUACUUCCCGCCCUCGGCGGUCAAGACGGAGGCGUUUGAGAAGACGGAGACGACUACGUUUUGUCCUUGGAAGGGGACUGCGAAUUAUUACUCGGUUAACGUUGGAGAUGACAAGUUGAAGGACGCGGCUUGGUAUUAUCCUACGCCCAAGGAUGGGGCUAAGGAGAUUAAGGACCAUGUUGCCUUUUACAAGAGUAAGGUGACUGUUACUGUUGAGUAGGAGAUCUUGGAUGUUGAGAGAGAGCUGAGCUACGUGAGCUACCAAGGGGGAUGCUAAAGACCGUCAGACAUCGAAGGUAUUAGGCAGAUCAACAACUCAGAGCCGUAUCCCUUCUCAAUCUAGUGACUCAUAUGUAUUGCUCCUUUAGUUCGGAUCGACGGGAUGUCGUCGGCGUGCCCCACUUUCAAAAUAUACUAUCAUGAUAUCUCACCUCAGGAAGGAAAGAGCGAGGGUAUGGAAGUCACAAAAACAGCAAAA